CUGAAGCGCUGACAGAGAGCGGACACUCGCCCACAGUAACCGGCUCUGUAGCAGCCACUGGCUUAUCUCCUCUCGGAGGAUCGGAUCGCUCCCUCCGGUGCCAGUCCAGCGCCCGCUGACGGUUCCUCUCAUAAAUCGCCCAUAUCUCACUUUUCACCCGAGCGACAAAAAGAGAGAUGGACAAGUGUUUCACUUUCUUCGCUCACAAGGAUCCGUCUCUAUCACAUCUUUUCCUCCGGAUCUUUGUUUCUGGACGGGAGGCUGCGGCUGCGUAAUGCCUCUCAGAAGAGGAAGAAGUAGCAGAUGUGUUGUGCAGGAUGUUCUCUGUUUGACCACGGCCUGCUGCUGAAAGCCCUACAUCCAUGAGAAGGCAACAGAAAGAAGAUUACUGGGGGAUUAAACACAUGCACACGUGUGCACAUGCAAACGCAGGGGGGUACUACGGUUCCGGGAUUUAACUUCCAUCCAACUGAUCUGAAUGAACUUCCCUGACUGACUGAGAGACUCUACAGGCAUCAUGGAAGAAGAGGAGGAGCCAACAGAGGCUCCCUGAAUGUACUGCCGCUGACCCCACCUUCUUUCCACCUGUCUCACCAUCAAAGGCUUGGAAAGCUUUAAAUUGCAAAGCUGACUGUCCCACAAUGUGUUGACGCUUAGCAGUAGAAUUAGCCUCACCUAUUGCUUGCAUAUAUCUGCCUAUCCCUACCCUGAUUUAUUUAAAAAAAAGACUAGCUGACAUUCACAUUUGAGAGAUACAGAGAAAGCUUCAGUUUUUUUUUAUCCUGCAGCCAUAGCAAAAAAAACCCCCAUCAAGUGUCAAGAGGAGGAUGCUGAAGAGAAAGUGAUAUUUUUAAACCUUUGCUGUGGAUGCCUUACCACCACAGGCUUACACACGAGACUGAAGGAUGACUGAUAAAACCACACCUUUGAUUCCUUUAAGUUCAGAAGUUCUGUUUUUAGCUCAAGCUCUUCUUGUUUUUGAUCACAUCAACAACAACAAAAAAAUAUUCCUAUUGCUUUGUUGUUUAUGCUAAGAUAAAGAUAUGUCUUAUUUUUGCUGCAGCACAUCUCUUUUCAUGAGGAUGUAAACCAGAUGUGACUUUUCCAAUAUAUUUUGGAAUAUAUGAGGCCUUAACAACAAGAAAUACAUUUGCACACCGUAGGUUCCUAAAGAAAGUGCAGAUGACUAUUCACCAGCAAAAUGUAACAUCUUCUGUAUAAAACAAGAACAAUCCUAUCCCCUCAAACUGAGCUGCAAUGGCCAGCCAGGCCACCCCAUUGUUUCUCCAUGGCUUCGAACUCAGCGGUCACUUUGUUGACCCUCGACCUCUUGGCACCGGUGUCACCGGGCUGGUACUGUCUGCUGUCGACCAGCGCACUGGACAGCGAGUAGCUAUUAAAAAGCUGUCAAUGCGAGAUGCAAUCACAGUGAAGCAUGCCCUGCGGGAGGUAAAAAUCACCCAACGACUGCACCACGAGAACGUAGUAAGUGUCCACGAGGUCUUAGCACCAUAUGGAUGGCCGCUGCCCCAGGACCCAUCCCAGCUUAGUGCCCUGUACAUCAUCCAGGAGUGCAUGGAGACCGAUCUGGCCCGGUUACUGGACCAGGGACCACUACCUACAAGUCAUGCCACCCUGCUGUUUUAUCAGCUGCUAAGGGGCCUAAAGUUCAUCCACUCAGCCAAUGUCCUCCACCGAGACCUGAAACCUGCCAACAUCUUCAUCAACACAGACCAAAUGCUGCUCAAAAUCGGAGACUUUGGACUUGCCAGAAUAGUGGACCCCCAUUAUUCUCAUAAGGGCUAUCUGUCUGAGGGUUUGGUGACUAAGUGGUAUCGUUCCCCCCGUCUGCUCCUAUCCCCCAACAAUUACACGAAGGCCAUAGACAUGUGGGCUGCUGGCUGCAUACUGGCUGAGAUGCUCACUGGACGCAUGCUGUUUGCAGGAGCUCACGAGCUGGAACAGAUGCAGCUGAUUCUCGACACAGUGCCAGUACUGAGAGAGGAGGACAGGCAGGAUCUCCUACAGGUGAUGCCUUCAUAUGUCAGUCAUGGAUGGAGAAUCAAGAAACCCUUCUCUGAGUUGCUGCCUGAAGUGGAUCAUUGGGCGGUGGAUUUUCUUGAGCGCAUCUUGACAUUUAACCCCAUGGACCGUUUGACAGCAGAAGAAGCUCUGUCCCACCCUUUCCUUCAGCAGUACUCCUGUCCUGAGGAUGAGCCUGUCUCCUCACACCCUUUCCACAUUGAGGACGAGCUGGACAGCCACAUCACCAAGCAGAGCGUGAGCAGCAGCGACAGUCAGGCCUCCAGCUUUCACUGGGAAAGGUACGAUAACAAUUUAGCAACCAACAUAUGGGCGUCAUACUCAGGCGAGAUGUGUCGGUGCUUGCCCUCUGGUCCUAUUCCAGCUGACCUGGGAGACACCAUGGAUAAUGAAGAGGUGCAGCGGGACCCCAGGGCCAGUUCCAGCUCUCUGACAGAAGAGGCGCAGGUUGACCCCCGCAAAUAUUCCCAUAGCAGUUCAGCUGAGCGUUUCCUGGAGAGCUCUCACUCGUCUCUGGAGCGGGUCUGUGCUUUAGGAUACGGGGAGCUUGACUGCGGUCGCUCCUGCGAUUACAAAGUGGGCUCUCCUUCAUAUCUGGAUAAAAUUGCAUGGCGAGAGGGAAAGCCCCAGCACUACUCGGAGCCUAAGCUGAUUCUGGAUCUGUCUCACUGGAAGCGUAACACUGGCAGACUCCCUGUGCCUGCCGAGCCCAUUGGUGGCAGCAUAGAGGACCUAGGAGAGGUGAGGGUGGAGGAAGCAGAGGAAGAAGAGGAGGAAACUGGGGAUUUGUUCCAGGAAAUCACUCGCUGGGUGGAGAGUGCUCAUUCUCGUCUGCACUCGCCCAGUACCAGUCCAUUAAUGGACCACUGCUCACCCUCCUGCUACACUUCCUCUCCCCCUCUUCCGCUGUCUCCCACGGACCUCCCAGCUCCUGUCUUCCACUACAACGAACACAUCUGCCCUCCAUCGGUUGACUAUGACGAGGACAGACUGAGUCCCCUUCCUUCCAGCACAUCUUCCUCUAACACCCUCCCCUUUCUCUUCCCAUCAUCGCCCACAGCUAUAUUUUCACCUCAAACAGCAUCGCCACCAUCUACUCCACUUGUGCAGCUCCCAGAAUCUCAACCGCUGUCCUCUACCUCCUCUGUAUCUCAGUCCCCUAAUGCAGACUCCACAGAGUCUCUACCAGUCAAGCAAAAAGAGCGUUUGUUUGACCUUGAUGUGUUCAUAUCCCGAGCUCUGAAGCUGGUCCGGCAGAAUAAAGAGAAAGUUCAAGUGAAGAAAGGAAAAGAUGAAGGCUGGAUGGAGGAGAGCAAAGCAGCAAGCAUUAAAGGAAAGGUGCCCCAGCUUUCAGAGCAUAGGACUUCCCCAUCACAGACUCCCAACUCCUAAUCUCAGUUCCAGGGUUAGCGUAAGAUAACUAUAAAAAUAGUCACACUUCAAAAUAUACUGCAAAUGAGGGAUGUUCUGCAUUCUACAGUAGCAGCUUGUCUUUUUAGCCCUGAAUUGGCUUCAAGACAAACCUUCAGUUUAAAAACAGCAGUUGUGCAGCUUUGGUUCUCAGGCAAUACAAGCUAAGAAAAAACUUGAGUAAAAUAUAAAUCAACACACUUGGCUCUAUAAAUACUAAGCAUUUACUCAAUGUGAGUAGUUCUGCUUUAUGCCUGUUUCUAUAGGUAGUAAAGCUAACUAUCAAUCGUUCAAGACUUGAUGAUCGCUAAUGAUGCAUUGUCUUUGUACUAAAACUUGGAUUUAAUGAGUUCCCAGUUGGAAAUACAACAUAAAUGUCCCCUGAAGUCACAUCUCCUGUCAGUAAAGUGAGUGGUCUCUUGAUGUGUUUAAUUUGUUUUUGGAAGUCAAAGCUCUGAUCUGAGAACAACAUCGCACACGAGUCGGGUAAUCAAGAAUGUCCGCUAAAGUUAAAACUAUGACUAAGAAGGUCAGAGGUUUCCUGUUAGUUUUUCUCUCACGUUGACACUGAUCAGAAAAUGACACUACACCUGAGUUUUGUACAUUCCAUUGGUGUGUUCUCUUAUCGAUAAGAAGUUAGAUUUUCCGAUUUCCCAGUUGAAAUGCAACAAGAAUGUCAAAAUUCUACCUGUGAAACUGUUGGAGAAUAGCGUUUUAAUGCAAAACAUGAAAACCAAAAACAUAUCAGCAGCUCCAAAGACAAAUAGCCAGUCACACCAGUUUUCUGACUUAAGGCUACAACUCUCUCAAAUAAGUCUCAGGUCUCCAAGACAAACUGAGCACAAUAUAUUAGCAAAUCAGAAAAUUUGUGAGGUUUGCUAACUGUUUUAGUUCCAACCGCUAUCACAACUUAAAGGCAAUAAAAGGUUUUUUUUCUAUUUUAUGCCUUCAAACUCUAAAGGUAUACAUAGUCAAAAUUGGAGGUGGCACAGCGUCAUGCAUGUUAUCAGUUGACCAAGCUGCAUGCAACUUUCACUGCGUUUAACACACAUGACCACCAUGUUGGAUACUCUCUCUGUCUCCUUCUCUCUCUUUCAGUAAGAUACUGAACUCUGGGAUGUUUGGAGAAUUACAACCUACCCAGUCAGAAUUAUACCUCCAGAAUUCCCCCUGCUGUUGUAUAUCCGACUGGGAAUUCUGGAAAAUCUGACUUUAGAGUACAAAAACAAGUCACAAUCUGAGCAGCCUCGAGUUCAGUCUCCAUUGUCAAAAUUAUAUAAGAUAUAUAUAAAACAGUGAAGGUUUCAGGAAUAAGCUAUUAACACUUCGGUCCGCUUGUGUCUAAUGAAACCUGUGACACAUGCUAAUGCACAACCUCUGAUUUUGAACAUGCUCCUUUGCUAUUUAAAUGCAUUCAAGAGAGAAAAUUAAAUUGUUACCAGCUUGUAGGGACGUGACGUAGUGCCAAGGUUCAAGCUCCAACUUAAUCCAAUGCACCAUAUACAUGUCACAAAAUAUUUGUCACUGAUAACAGCAAUCUUAGACUCUUAUUAUGUGCUUAAAACCUGCUGUAAUUAGCUUUCUAAACUCCAUCCUGUUAACUCUUGAAAGAAUCUGUCAGUCUUCCAAUAACAUUUACCAAAUGAUGACAAUAAGUGACGCAGCAAAAGGUUUUUCUAAGCAUUUGAAUGUAUUAACUAAGAAGUAACUGUUAGUUUCCUGUUAGCCAGACAGAGUGUGGCGUGAUCAACUGUUCAGUUUUAUUUAUUGCUGUUUUAACACUCCCCAAAUGACUUACUAAGUUUUAACAAUAGAAUCUUGUAUAAAGUUAUGUUCAUAUUGGAUUUUAAAGUACAUGUAAUAUAUCACUAGUCAUUUUUGUGUCUAAAAUAGUUCUGCAAUAUUUUAUAAAUAUUAGAAAAUAUGAUCUUUUUAAUGAUUUUGAAGUUAGCUGGGAUGUUUUUUGAAUUAGGACUGAGCUAAUCUAUGGUAGCGCUCUAUGAUUCUUCUGCCAGCUGGACACAUUUUUAAACGCAUGUAAUUUGUUUCCUGCUCGAUGCACCAAAUCUGUUCCACAAUGAAAACACAGUUUUCUUCCAUGGCUAAAGACAAGUAGCUCUAUUUACAAUGUACAAUUUUUUCAGAACCCUUUUGUAUUUAUUAGGUUGUUACAGUAGAUGCUUCUGUUUCAUUUGUUUGUUUGUUUUUUUUAUAGCAUUUUGGCUCUUUUAUUUCUCUCAGCCAAGUCUACUGGACUGCACACUUCCUGGCAACCCCCUAAAAAUAUUUUUUUUUAUUAUUUUUUUAUUUAAGUGUUUCAGCUAUAAUUUUACAGUAGGAAAUGUUAAUAUGCUUGGGGCCAAUAAUUGUGGAGGGUGGUGCUGCUGAGAUGUGCUGUAUGGCUGUUGAAAAAGCCAGCUAAGUACAAUAAAUUUUUCAUACAUCCUCUGACAACGGUUGUAACAAGUUGAAAUGCAAUGCCUUGCUGUGAAGUUAUCUUUAUCUGUAUGCAGAGUGCACCUGUCCUGGAGUAACGCUGUAGAGAGUGCCAGAGGUAAAACUCUGAGUUCAAAAUACACUGCCAGCAAUACUGCAAAACAAGCAUGUUUAAUCAUAUUUUUGUCUUUCACUGAAUGACCACGUUAUAAACCACAGUGAUAUUGCUAUCAGUCAUUGAGUUUCGUAUCAAUCUGCUUAUUUUAUGCACACUGUAACCUACAGGUAGUCAGUAUUUCCAAAGGAUACUAACACAAGAUAUACUAUCAGUACAACCCAGUGAAACAGCAGUCAAAUCACAUUUCUGUUGUUAAAUUUACAGGAAAGCACACGUAGAAUAUGAAGCACAUUAACAAAGGCAGCAUUUGGUCACCAUCAACAUUACAACUCUGUAUUGUCUUCUUUUGUCAGUAAUGUACCUCUUUCAAUUAGAACAAAAACCUUGGCCUAUUUAGAGCACUCAAAGAAAGUAAAAACUGCACGUUUCUGAUACAAUAAUAGAUAAGUUGGUAUACAGUCUGACUUUUACCAUGUCUUAUAGUCUACAUUUGUUGCACAAAUGUAGACUAUAAGGCUUAGGUUGCCUUAUUUCAAAGGCAACCUAAGCCAGCAAUAAUGCCAUUAUUGAGUGACACAAACACACUGUAACACAUAUGGUUACUGAGCCAAAAGUAAAAAUAGAACAUUGCUUAUUCUAUGAAGCAAUCUUGAAAAUGUGCCUCAGUACACCUCGAUGCUUCCAACUUGCUGAAUGUAAAAUAUGCCCUCAUCGCUGUAUGGCUAUGCAGGUAGCUUAAUCCAUGUCUUAACGGUGUAUGUCUUUGUGAAACAGUAACAAAUUAUCUGGUUUCUUAUUCCAUAUUUACCAUACUCAUGCUUCAGGGGGAUCUCAGCCUUUCAUUUGAGAAAAUUUGUGGGAAUUUUAUUGUAUUGGAUUGAUAGCAUCUCUUUUGAGUGUCAACCUUUGUUGGAAAAUUAAUAAAAUAAUGUUGGA